CUGGAACUCUGUCUUUUACAUGUUGGAGCGGCUCUGUGAGCAAAAUGAAGCCGUGACCACAGCCCUCUGCCUUUUAGGGAAGAAUCAACUAUGCUUAAAUGCGGGAGAAUUAUCCCUGAUCAAGGAAACAGUUGUUGCACUACGGCCGUUUGAAGAAGUAACACAGGAAGUUUCAUCUGAAAAACAUGUUUCAGCCUCCAAAGUUAUUCCACUUGUGUCACUCAUUCACAGGGCUGUAGCAGCCUGUGAACAUCAGGACAGCUCCCUUGCCACACAGCUGGCACAGCAAUGCCAGCGCAGAUUCAGGGGUAUUGAGAGCAUUCACUGUCUAGCUGCAAGUACAUUUCUGGAUGUUAGGUUUAAACACCUUGGUUUUCGUGACAAAGACAAUGUUGAAGUAUUAAAGAAACGUCUCCACACUGAAAUGCAAGAAGUCUAUCAGACAGGACAGUCUGCUCCCACUCUAACUGUAAGCUCAACGCCUACUGUUAGCUCUGCCUCAGGGCCUUCUACUUCAGGGUCUAUCCCGAGUCCUCCACCCGCAGGUCCAGCUGCAACAAAAGGAGGGAUAUGGACAGAUUUUGACAUGCAGGUUGUGUCAAGCCAACAUCACCGGUCAGCUUCCAGUGAUGUACUCAUUGAAAUACGCCGGUACUCAGAGGAAAAACUGAUUCCCCGAGAUAAGGAUCCAUUGGUUUGGUGGCAAGAGCAUGAACAAACCUUCCCAUCCCUAAGCAGACUUACAGUGAGAUACCUAGGAAUCGUUGCUUCUUCUGUACCUGCAGAGAGAAUCUUUUCAAAAGCAGGAGAAGUUGUGAGCAAAAAAACAGAGCAGACUUGAGAGGGAAAACUGUAAAUAUGCGGUUGUUCCUAAACAAAGACCUGUGAAUAAGGGAAAGUGUUACUGUCAAAUGUUUUUGUUGACAUGUCCAGACAAGAUAAACGUUAAAUGACAUGUUAAAUUGUGUUGAAUUUUUUGUUGACAUGUCCAGACAAGAUAAACGUUAAAUGACAUGUUAAAUUAUGUUGAAUAUUUUUGUUGACAUGUCCAGACAAGAUAAACGUUAAAUGACAUGUUAAAUUAUGUUGAAUAUUUUUGUUGACAUGUCCAGACAAGAUAAACGUUAAAUGACAUGUUAAAUUAUGUUGAAUAUUUUUGUUGACAUGUCCAGACAAGAUAAACGUUAAAUGACAUGUUAAAUCGUGAUGUGUGCGUGUG